AUGUUGCAGCGGUUGCCGUUAAGGUAUGCACGCCAAUUGGCCCGACCCUUUUAUAUGGCGCACGUGCUCGACCUCCUCUUCCUGGCAAAGCCGGAAGAACUGCGCUGUCUGACGCUCGAUAAGAGUUUUGAAUGUGAGCCUCCCAAUAUGAAGUUCAACGAACAAGAAAAAAAUCAUUGCCGAGCCAGCAGCAGAGUCGAAGGGGAAAACCUAAGCUCGACCAAAGGAGUGAAGCUAAUUGAGUUGACUAAUCGACACAGGGUGGCCUCUGGCGGAAUCAAGACAGGAUCUUGGAGAAACGUAAAGAACAACACUGCCACCAGUUGUGGGAAUAUACCAAGUGCUACACGUGCAAGCUCUGUAGAUGACCACAGCAAGAAUAUAGGCAGGCCACCGCACACGGAAAAGUACAGCAAGGAGUACCUGCGACAAGAGCGUCACCACUGGCUCUCGACGCGCGAACUAACAUUCCCUGGCGACGCGAGUCGAGCCCAACACGAAGCAAAGAUGCCAACCAGUAAAAAGAAAGAGCAAUGGCGGAAGAAAGCCGCUGCAAAGGCUGCCAAACUUGAAGCCGCAGUGGCCAGGUGCGGUGCUGCGGACCCCAAAAGCCGCCGGUGCGCGCAGCGGCGCACUACAAGCCCGGACCAUGGACGCCGUCACGGGCCGGAAGCCGCAAGGCAAGCCGGUCCAGCUACGCAGCCGGAAAAACAGCGCGCUCUGAGUGUGCAGGUCGGGUUCGAGACCAGGUUCGCGCGCUCACCCGACUCUCACCCAGCGCCCGGUCGUGGCCCACCGCCACGCCCGACUCGCCGCGGGGGGGCAGAGAGGUUCCCCCAACGUUCCCCCAGCCGGGGCGUUUCACCUGACUUGCAGUCAGGCAUUUUCGCGCUACGGAGAGCGUUUAGCGCAUAG